AUGGAGACCGAAAAACACUCAGCUCUCGCACAGCCGAUUCCGAUUAUCUUAUGUGGAAAGUCCUUGGAAAAUGGGGCAAUGGUCGCGCAGUUUCUCAAGUCCGAAUUUGAAGUUAUUCAUUUCGUCUCAUCAUUUGAGCAAGCAAAAGCCGAGUUUGCGGAACUCAUCGCUGGCCGGGCGCCUAAAUUAUCCAUUUCUGAAAAUAUUGGUACCCAAAACUACAGCAAACUACCGCUCGCCAUUGUAUUUGGGCGAGCGUAUGAUCCGGAUGAUGUGACGGAACUCAACCGAAUAUUUCGUGGAACAGGUAGCGCCCCGUUGGCGUGGAUUGCUGGAAACCGUGACGUUAGACCCCCGGCGCAACUGGGACCAGGAUAUGCUGAAAAGGCGGCAGAAAAUACGAAGCGGGCAUUUGAAAGAUGGAAAGACUCGGGUUCAAUCAGUGAAGAUAUUGUCUAUUAUUGA